AUGGUCCGGCUCUUGAGCUCGACCUUGGUUCUCCUCGCCGCACUGCAGCUGAGUGGAGCCAGCCCUUCAGUAGUGACCCUCACCUCGAGCUACACCAGCACCGCGGUAACGACUAUCACCACCUCCAUCCCGAGCGUCUCCAUCACCAGCACCUGCACCUGGGGUACUGUCGCUCCGACGGGUUGUGCCAAUACCAUCUGGUAUGAUGCAGGAAACUACUGGUCGGCCACGUGCACUACCUCCGCCUACAGUGCCAGUACCACCAAGAUGACCUAUUCGUGGGUCACCAUCGACCAAUGCAGUGAUGCCUGCACCCACUACAGCAACUGCGCGGGCAUCAACUGGGACGACAGCGAAACCUGCCGGAUCCUUGCUGGGUCGCUGGAAUUGGUGCCAGUCUCGAGCAGUGUUCUGGCCGCCGAGCUCUUUCUUUUCGAUCCCUGUACCUCGCGAGUGACCUCGUAUGUUCCGGAGACUUUGACGCGCACCUCGACUACCGCGUAUACAUCCUUGAUUGUCUCGACCCUCACUCCCACCCCCACUCCCACUUCGACUCUGGUUGACAACCCAACUCCUACCCCAUCGACCUCGGUGCAUCUCAUACCCUCUGCGUCGAGUGCUCCGGUUCUCUUACCGCCCACAUCAGCACGUUCGAGCUCCUCAGCUCCCGCCACCCUUUCACAGUCAUCCGGAAGCCCUUUGGCGACCUCGUCAUCCAUUGUCAGCACCAGAUCCUCCGCCACCGUCACCCCUAUGACCAGCGCUGCACCCGCACCAUCCAGUGUGCCGGACGAGGUUGAGACUCUGUAUUCCACCAUUUACACCACCGAGGUGGUGACUUUCUUCACGGAAUGUGCGUUCUGA